CCGUUCGAGCACUCGCCCAUUUAGAAUUGAUUUUUAUUCCACUCGUAUAUUCCUCAGCACAAACAAAUUGAUUUUUUUAUAAGAAAAAGCACCGUCACAAUUAUCUAUUCCUUGUUUAAUGUUUGGAUGCCGUCUUAAAUCUUGAUAUCGGCUCCCGAUAAAUAUUGGUGCCCGCGUUCAAGAUGAACCAAAAUAAAAAUAAAUAAAAAAAUCAUCUCUGGUUCUCUGCCAUGGCAACACCACCCACCCCACUGGUGUUCAAGGUGUCUAGACGGGAACCAGUUCUGAUCACCCCUUCUGAGCCAACCCCACAUGAACUCAAACCUCUUUCAGACAUAGAUGACCAAGAUGGUCUCAGAGUCCAAAUUCCUCUCAUUUAUUUUUACCCUUACGAUCCUUCAAUGCAGAGGAGGGAUCCUGUUGAGGUCAUUAAGAAAGCACUUGCUAAAACACUGGUGUUUUACUAUCCAUUUGCUGGUAGGCUUAGAGAAGGGCCUAAGCGUAAGCUCUUGGUGGAGUGUACAGGUGAGGGUAUUUUGUUUAUUGAGGCUGAUGCCGAUGUUACGCUUGAGCAGUUUGGUGAUGCGCUCUAUCCUCCAAUUCCUUGCCUGGAGGAGCUCCUCUUUGAAGUGCCUGGCUCCAGCGGGAUGAUAAACUGCCCUCUGCUGCUUAUUCAGGUGACGCGUCUCAAGUGCGGCGGAAUUGUCUUUGCCAUCCGUCUGAACCACACCAUGAGUGACGGUACUGGCCUAAACCAAUUUUUGUCAGCCAUGUGUGAGAUGGUGCAUGGAGCACAGACUCCCUCUAUCCAACCAGUUUGGGAAAGGCACGUUUUAAAUGCAAGGAACCCACCUCAGGUAACCUGCUUACACCACGAGUAUGAUCAACUGGUUGAUGACACCACUGACAACGUUCCGCUUACUAAGAAGACCCAUCGUUCAUUCUUUUUUGGAGCUGCUAACAUAUCUGCUAUUCGUGGCUUUGCCCCACUACACCUUCGCCAUUGCUCCACAUUUGAUGUAUUGACUGCGUUUUUGUGGAGGUGCCGAACCAUUGCACUUCAACCAAACCCAAAUGAUGAGAUGCGGAUACUAUGCAUUGUCAAUGCUCGCAAUAGAUUUAACCCUCCGUUACCUAGAGGUUAUUAUGGAAACUGCAUAGCAUACUCAGUGGCAAUGGCAACAGCGAGAGAAAUCUCACGAAAUUCUUUAGGCUUUACGUUGGAAUUAGUCAGGAAGGCCAAGGCCAAUGUGACUGAAGAGUACAUGCGAUCAGUGGCUGAUCUAUUGGUGAUUAAAGGUAGACCUUGGUACACAAUGGUGCGGUCUUACCUAGUGUCGGAUGUGACUCGUGCAAUGUUUGCAGAGAUGAACUUAGGUUGGGGUAAGCCGAAGUAUGCCGGGCCUGCCAAGGGUAAUGUGGCAAGCUUUCAGAUACCAUAUAGGACUAAGAAAGGAGAAGAUGGUGUUCUUGUGACCCUUUGCUUACCGACUCCGGCUAUGGAAAGAUUUGUGAAGGAGCUGGAUAGCACGUUUAAGGAGCAGUCAAAUGGUGGUGGCAAUGCUAAAUCCCCCUUAUCUUCCUUGUAGGGAAAAUAACUAUUUUUCCAAAUGAUAUAAAUGCAUUCCUAUUGUGUUCAUUUGCUUUGAGUUCAUGUGGAGAAUCUAUCUGGAUUUGUUUUUGGAUCAUGUUAACAAGACACCGAACACCAUCUGGACAAGUAACUCCUUCAGCUUUUUAUACAUUUAUUUCAAUAAAUGCUUCUGUUGAUUGGUCA